AUGACUCCCUAUGACGAGACUAACGAGCUGCCAACAUCUACCAACGACGACCAAGAUAUGCGAUCGGAAACAUUGUCACCGGUUUUCGCAACUAGUAAUUACGAAUUAGGUGAAACGUAUGUAUUUCUAAAUAACUUAUUAGAUGGAUUCCUAUGGGAAUAUGUGAACUAUUAUGCAGAUAAAAUUAUUUUUAAGUCUGAUAUUAUGACAUGGUUUUAUAUUUAUACUUCGAUUAAUCUGGAACAAGAAAAAAUACAUUGGGUUGAGGGUACUGGUUGUAUGGAGAAUUAUACUACCCGGAAUGAUAGAAUUAUAAGAAAAAUUAAAUAUAAUCCUAUUUUAAUAGAUUUAAGGAUAUCUAAUACAAUUUGUGAAUUUGAUUUAAUAAGAACCAAUUAUUUUUGUGAUACAUAUGUCGAGAUGGCAUACAUAUUACAUUUCGGUUAUAAUAUGAUGACCAUAUUGAAUGAAGAGAAAGAUUACAUUUUCACCAGCUAUUUAAAUGUAGAAUACCUCGUGGCAGGAAGCUCGAUUAAUGACAGUCCUAUAGAUAUAUACUUCUGUAUAAGUAGUAAUUCUCGUUGUAGAACCGUUUUCAGUCGUGAAAAUAUAAAUAAAAUGCAGUUGAGUUCUCGUAAUAAAAAGAAUAAUGUGUUAGUAAAAGAUAAAAAAACGUUGUUAGAUUUAUUAAAAUAUUUUAAAACGUGUGAAGUUUGCGGGCAUCGUUUGCAGAUAUGGAUAGGAGAACAAGAGCUAGGCAAAAUAGGUAAUAUAGUCAUUGAGGAAUUUACUCCUACCUAA